AUGCUUUUUUUCUAUACAAUAAUAAUCGGUUUUUUUACUUUAAUCAAAUAUGGAGUUAAUGGAAAUGCUGAUGCUAAACGUCUUUUAAAUGAACUUAUGAAAGAUUAUAAUAAAUAUGUUUUACCUGUAGAAUCAAUAAAUGAAAAAGUUAAUUUAACAUUAGGUUUGAAAUUAUCACAAUUAUCUGAUAUUGAUGAACGAAAUCAAAUAAUGACAACCAAUGUUUGGCUAGAACAUGAAUGGACUGAUUUUAAAUUAAGAUGGACACCUAGUCAAUAUGGUGGAAUUGAUGUUGUUGAAAUUCCAUCAUCAGAUAUUUGGGUACCAGAUGUUGUUUUAUAUAACAAUGCUGAUGGAACCUAUGAAGUUAAUACAAUAACUAAAGCUCAUGUUUUUUGGAAUGGAACAAUUAAAUGGAAUCCUCCUGUUAUAUAUAAAUCUUAUUGUGCUAUUGAUAUUGAAUAUUAUCCAUUUGAUGAACAAAAUUGUGUUCUUAAAUUUGGUACAUGGACACAUAAUGGAAAUUUAGUUGAUCUUCAUCAUAAAUCAGGACAAGUUGUUGUUGAUGUUGGUGUUGAUCUUUCUGAUUAUUAUCCAUCGAUUGAAUGGGAUAUUCUUGCUGCUCCUGCUGUUCGGCAUGUUGUUUUAUAUGAUUGCUGUAAAGAUGAUCCAUAUUUAGAUGUAACGUUUGCAUUACGUAUUCGACGUAAGCCACUUUUCUAUCUGGUUAAUCUUGUUAUUCCUUGUAUAAAUAUUGCUUUUCUUACAAUUCUUGUUUUUUAUUUGCCAAGUGAUUGUGGUGAAAAAUUAACAUUAUCAAUAUCAAUUUUUGUUGCACUUCAAGUUUUUUAUCUUCUUUUAGUUGAUCUUAUACCACCAACAUCAUUGAAACUUUCUUUACUUGGUACAUAUUUACUUUUUACAUUAGUACUUGUUAAUGCAUCUAUAUUUGUAACUAUAAUAACAUUAAAUAUUCAUUGGCGUCAUCCAAAUACUCAUCAUAUGCCUGCAUGGGUGAAACGAUGGUUUUUUGAAAUAAUUCCACCAUUCAUAUUCAUGUCUAAACCACAUAUUGCUAGUGCUUUAUUACGACCAAAACAAAAUAAUAGUGAUAAAGAAUCAGCAUUAUCACAAUAUGGUGAUAAUAUACAUAGAUUAAAUAAUUAUUUAAAAACGCUAUCCAUUGAUAGAUAUCCACCAAUAAUUCAACAAGCCAUAAGAGAUAUUCGAUAUAUAAGUGAAAUACAACGUGAAACAGAACAAGAUAACUUGGAAAGAGAAGGUUGGCGAUUUAUUGCACUUGUCAUGGAUCGGUGUUGUUUAAUAGUAUUUAUUUUUUUAACUAUAAUUGGUACAUGUGUCACAUUACUAUCUGCUCCGUCCAUACAUAAUAAAGCCGAUCCGAUUGAACGACAAUAUUCACACCAUUAUAAUUCACAAUCAAGUUAA